CAUUCUGGGGAUUAUAGUCUCUUUAAGAAAAGAGCUGCUACUUCAGCCUGGCGUGGGUCUUGUAGAAGAGAUGAACGGAAAGCGGCCUGCUGAGCCCGGUUCUGACCGGGCGGGGAAAAAAGGAAAGAAGGAGGUGAUGGCGAAGUUUUCGGAUGCUGUCACAGAGGAAACUUUGAAAAAGCAAGUGGCUGAGGCCUGGAGUCGCAGGACGCCAUUCCGCCACGAAGCGAUUGUCAUGGAGAUGGACCCCUUUCUUCACUGUGUGAUCCCAAACUUCAUCCAAAGCCAAAACUUCUUGGAAGGACUUCAGAAGGAACUUUUGAACUUGGACUUCCAUGAAAAGUAUAACGAUUUAUAUAAGUUCCAGCAGUCUGAUGAUCUGAAGAAGAGAAGAGAGCCCCACAUCUGUGCUUUAAGGAAAAUUCUGUUUGAACAUUUCCGGUCUUGGAUUUCAGACAUUUCCAAGAUUGACCUGGAGUCAACCAUUGACAUGUCCUGUGCUAAAUACGAAUUCUCAGAUGCCCUGCUCUGUCACGAUGACGAGCUGGAAGGGCGCCGGAUCGCCUUCAUUCUUUACCUGGUUCCUUCCUGGGAUGCCAGCUUGGGGGGCACCCUGGACCUGUUCAGCGUUGACGAACACUUUCAGCCGAAGCAGAUUGUCAAGUCCCUUAUCCCUUCGUGGAACACACUGGUUUUCUUUGAAGUGUCUCCAGUAUCCUUUCACCAGGUGUCUGAGGUCUUGUCCGAAGAAAAGUCACGUUUGUCCAUCAGCGGCUGGUUUCAUGGUCCUUCACUGACCAGGCCUCCCACCUACUUUGAACCUCUCAUAACUCGGAGCCCUCACAUCCCGCAAGAUCAUGAAAUUUUGUAUGAUUGGAUCAACCCUACUUAUCUUGACAUGGAAUACCAAGCUCAAAUUCAAGAAGAAUUUGAGGAAAGCUCUGAAAUUCUCCUAAAAGAAUUCCUUCAGCCUGAGAAAUUUGCAGAGGUGUGUGAGGCUUUGGAGAGAGGAGGUGUGGAAUGGAGCAGCCGAGGUCCCCCUAACAAAAGCAGGUUUUACGAGAAGGCGGAGGAGAGCCAGCUUCCUGACAUCCUGAGGGACUGCAUGGCGCUGUUCCGCUCCGAGGCCAUGUUCCUGCUGCUCUCCAACUUCACAGGCCUGAAGCUUCACUUCCUGGCGCCUUCAGAAGAAGAUGAGCCCGAGGACAAAAAGGAGCAAGACGCAGUCUCUGCUUCUGAGAACACCGAAGAAGGGACUGGUCACAGCUCUUCUGAGCCAGAGAACAGUCGGGCGGCCACCAGCGACAGCAGUCUACAGAGCGAUGGACCAACAGACCCAGAGCCAGAGGAGGACGAAGGAAAGAAAGAAUCAGGUGUUCCCACAUGCCAGGGGGAACUGAGGCAUUGGAAGACCAGUCACUACACUUUAAUCCAUGACAACAGCAAGACUGAAUUUGCCCUGGACUUACUGCUCUACUGUGGCUGUGAAGGCUGGGAGCCAGAGUAUGGUGGCUUUACCUCCUACAUUGCCAAAGGAGAAGACGAAGAGCUGCUAACAGUGAAUCCAGAAAACAACUCUUUGGCACUGGUCUACAGAGAUAGAGAAACUCUGAAAUUUGUCAAGCACAUUAACCACCGAAGCCUAGAACAAAAGAAAAGCUUCCCAAACAGAACAGGUUUCUGGGACUUUUCAUUUGUCUAUUAUGAAUGACAAAGCAGGGCAAAGCUGGAAAAAGACCUUUCCUGAGUACUGGCACAGCCGGAAGAGUUAAGACAUCGCAUGAAGGAGAGUCACAAGGUGACCUGUGUGACAGCGGUCUUAAAAACUGUGUGGCUGUCCUUUAGUAGGGCUCAUGAUGAUUGUUGUCAGUUUAGACCUUGAGCUGGGAGCUAGGUACUUACCUCUUUUUUUUUUUAAGGGUUUUGUCUUUAACAUUCAGUUCUUCCUUUUCCAUAUUGGCUUCUUCAAUGAUUAAAAACUUUGUGUGGUAAAAUAUACACGAUAUAAAGUGUACCAUUUUAACCAUUUUGAAAUGUACAGUUCAUUGGCAUUAGUACAUUCACGUGGUCAUGCAGCCUUCACCACCAUCCAUCUGCAGAGCUUUCCCACCUUCCCCAGCUGCACCUCUGUCCCCAUUAAAUAGUAACUCCCUGCUUUCCCCUCCCUAGCCUGUGGAAGCCACCAUUCUACUUUGUCUCUAGGUAUCUACUAACUCAUGUUCCUCAUAAGACAAAUAAUAUUUGUCUUUUUGUGACUGGCUUAAUUUCACUUAGUGUAAAAUCUUCAAGCUUCA